GACGCGACGACGUCGACGCAGUGCAGGAGCAGCGUCGAGGAGGAGGGCGCACGCGACUGGCGCUGAUCGGCGGCUCCAUGGACGCGGCCGGGAUGUGACCACAGCUGAGCCACCCGGACUAUGAGGCAAAUCGACCUCUCAUUCGUGUGGCUGGUCAACAAGACGCUGGUGCUGACUCUCUGCGUGGGCAUCACCUUCGGCUUCAGCUUCGCCUACAUGGUCCUCAGCCUGGCUCAGUAUGGACCGCAGGAGAGCUACUACUCCCGCCUGCUGGACACAGCCAUGCUGGACACGGUGCUGCAGUCGAGCCCGCAUGGCCUGUCCCAGCCCACCAAUCGGCACCAGCUGGACGGCGUGCUGCAGGGCCACCGGCCCGACGAGCCGGCGCACCUCGGUGGUGACAGGGAAGCUCUGGAGCUGUCGAAACGGGUGCGCGUGCUCUGCUGGGUUAUGACCCAACCGGCCAACCACGAAAAGAAGGCCAGACACGUCAAGGCCACCUGGGGGCAUCGCUGCAACAAACUGAUCUUCAUGAGCUCCAAAACCGACACGACACUGCCGACGGUGGCGCUGAACGUGCAGGAGGGGCGCAACUUCCUCUGGGCCAAGACCAAGGAGGCGUUCCGCUAUGUGUACGAACACCACCGGGACGAGGCCGACUGGUUCUACAAGGCCGACGACGACACGUACGCCAUCAUGGAGAACAUGCGCUUCAUGCUGGAGCCGUACUCGCCCAACGACGCGCUGUACUUCGGGUGCAAGUUUAAGCCGUUCACCAAACAGGGAUACAUGAGCGGCGGUGCAGGGUACGUGCUGAGCCGGGAGGCGCUGCGGCGCUUCGUCACGAUUGGCCUGAAUGACCCGACCAAGUGCAAGAAAGAGCACGGCGGUGCCGAGGACGUGGAAAUGGGCAAGUGUAUGGAGCGUCUGAACGUGACGGCCGCCGACAGCCGAGACAACGAGGGCCGCUACCGCUUCUUCCCCUUCACGCCCGAGAGCCACCUGGUGGCCGAGAAGUUCCCCAAGAGCUUUUGGUACUGGAAGUACAUCUACUACCCACAGAAGAAGGGCAUGGGGUGCUGCUCCGACUCGGCCAUCAGCUUCCACUACGUGCCGCCCAACCUGAUGUACACCAUCGAAUACCUGGUGUACCACCUGAAGCCGUACGGCGUGCGAACGCAGCUGGUACCCGGCCCGCCGCCUGACCGCGCCGUCAUCCCCGCCGGCGCCAACUUCUCACAGCAGGCGCUGGCGGCGCUGCCGCAGACGCUCAGUCCGGAGUAG